UGAUUGUUCUAAGGAAUUAUACUCUCCAAAAAAAAAGUUACUAUUCGAUUAGUUAGCAUGAAUUUUCCAUAAAAAUGAAUAAAAUACGUUGUUUAAUUGAUUAAAUUGAUUGUGAAAUUGUUAAACGUGCAACAAUUCGUAUGAACAAACAAACGUUUAGUGUUUUCCAUUGCAAAAACAGUGAAAAAUACCGUGUAAAAACUGUCGGGGGAACAGUUUAUUGACCUCUCCCCAUUGACCUGACUGUCAAUUUAUUUGUAAAAAAAUACAGCUUCGACCGCGAUAACGCCAUUAGUUUCGGGAACAAAGUUGUUAUGUUUAUUAACAAAUUGUGUUUGAAACAGUAAAUUGUGCAAAUCAGUAGCCGCAAGAAAGUUAAAGGGACCAGCAUACUUCACACAAAAUGGAUACAAAUGAUCGAGGAUUAGAUCAGACGCUGAUGGGCCAGAUGGGUCCCAUAUCGCCGCCCGAUUUGAAACCAGAUUUGAAACCGGAUACGUCUUUGUUGAAUGGCAAUAGUAUGGGCGGAUUUUCACCGGGCCCAGGCAGUCCUGGCAGUUACAGUCAAAUCGGAAUGCAAAACAUAAGCACAACAUCACCGGGUGGUACACAGAAUAUGUCAGCCUAUCCGCCCAAUCAUCCUCUGAGCGGAUCGAAGCACUUGUGUUCCAUUUGUGGUGAUCGGGCUAGUGGCAAACAUUAUGGAGUUUACAGUUGCGAAGGCUGCAAAGGAUUCUUCAAACGAACCGUCCGGAAAGACUUGACCUAUGCCUGCCGUGAAGAGAAAGCCUGUAUCAUUGAUAAGCGUCAACGUAAUCGUUGUCAGUACUGCAGAUAUCAAAAAUGUUUAGUUUGUGGAAUGAAACGCGAGGCUGUGCAAGAGGAGAGGCAGCGUGGUGCAAAAUUACAACCGAAGCAACAAAAUGACGACCUAAAUCCAACAAGUUCUGUGCGUGAUUUGACUGUAGAUCGAAUUAUGGAGGCCGAACAGAUGAGUGAAUCGAGAACGGGUGAUAAUGCGAUACCAUAUUUGAGAGUUGGUUCGAAUUCUAUGGUGCCGCAAGAGUAUAAGGGUGCUGUUUCACAUUUGUGCCAAAUGGUGAACAAGCAACUGUAUCAACUAAUCGAAUAUGCCAGACGAAUGCCGUACUUUGAUAGAUUGCAACGAGAAGACCAAGUGACACUUCUCCGUGCCGGAUGGAAUGAACUCUUGAUAGCUACCGUAGCGUGGCGGAGUAUAGAGUACCUAGAUGCGGAACGUACAAACCCAGAUGGUUCGAUAGAUCGACGAGCACCGGUACGACCACCUCAAUUAAUGUGCUUGGGUCCGAAUUUCACAUUACAUCGAAACAGUGCCCAACAAGCCGGAGUUGUGGCGAUUUUCGAUCGAAUCUUAUCCGAACUGAGUGUUAAAAUGAAACGGUUGAACAUUGACAAAUCCGAAUUGACGUGUUUGAAGGCAAUAAUUCUCUUCAAUUCUGACAUCCGCGGUCUAACCGUUCGAGGCAAGGAAGACGUGAAUAUGUGUCGUGAGAAAAUCUAUUCAUGCUUGGACGAACAUUGUCGUACUGAGCAUUCGGGUGACGAUGGACGGUUUGCUCAAUUGUUGUUACGGUUACCAGCGUUGCGUUCCAUUAGCUUGAAAUGUCUGGACCAUUUAUUCUUCUUUAGACUGAUUGGAGAUAAGCAUUUGGAGACAUUUGUCGUGGAAAUGCUGGACACCCCGAUGUGAAAUGUCGAUUCGAGUAAGGGGAAUUUUAUUGUAAACGUUCUGAGUGUACAGUUUAUGUUAGGUAAGGCUUUCCAUUUCUUUUAUUUUCGGUUGCUUCAAUCAUUUUUUUUCGAAUGACUGUUGACGUUGAUCGCUAAUCUCAGUUGCUUUUUAACCAAUACGACGGUGCCUUGGGGACACUGUUCUUAACCAAAAGAAAUGUAAGGGUGGUAAAUCUAAUCAGGGGAAGUCAGAGAAGUCGUAGAAAGUUUGCAAUGCAGUAACUUCUUCUGCUGACGUUACCAUGAGAUGUGCGUGAUUUUACUUAAACUAAUUUAUCGAUUGAAUUCAAGAAAAUGUGAUUUUGAAUUGGGUCCGAGAACAUGCUUGUCAUAAAAACUAAGGCCCGUACUUAAAUUAUGAAAGAUGAAGCUCACUCACAGCAACCUCUUUCGACUUCCAUCGUAUGAAUUGAUUUACAUGAUACAAAAGUAAAUCAAAUGCAACCGGCAAUCGAAUCGUGUAAAUCUUAGAUCUAAACCAGUAACCAGAAACCGAAUAAUGAAUUUGCGGAAAUUAACAAACUCUUGAACUGUAACUACUGGUCGACUGUCGGUAUUAUUUCGGUUCAUUUCUUUGGAAUACAUUUUACUGAAUCAUAAACUGUUGUUGGGUUGGCUAGUUUUCAUUCGGUUCAAUUUUGAUAUUUUCAACCAAAAUCGGUUGGACCUGUGUAGCGAUGGAAUUGUCACUGUCAACCUUCUACAAACAAAAUUUCAGGGAAUUUUUCCUCUUCGAAUAUGUUAGUCUUUUGUGACAAACGGUGCCGAUUUCGAUGUAGGGAUCAACAAUUCGAAAUUGGUUGUUGUCUCUAAGUAUUUACGAAAAUACGUCAUAGAAACCGGAUAAGUCUAGGAUAAUUCGACAUGGGUCCUCACGUAUGUCCUUAAAUUUAAAAAAAGGAAAUUCUGAAGAAAAAUCACAUGAUACAGCGAUAUUACAUUGAAACGUUGAUAAGUCGGUCAACGCAGGCUUAAACUGGCUGUAUGGGUUGAACGCUACACGUUUUUACUUGAAUAUCAACAAAAUAUGCGUCCUUCACUUUAGUGUUGGUGCCUUUCAAGCCUAAGUUUGGACGCGGUAUUCAACCCCUGAUUUUAAGCUAUAUCAAACACAAUCUGCGAAAUAUGUUUGAAAAUAUCAAGAUUCAAUCGUAUUGCAACAGAGCAAUCAAAACCGGAAAUUAGCAUCAAGGCGAUCAUUUUAUAAAUGCGAGAAAAAAGAAACGUUUUGCUUUAGUAACGUACUAAUUUGUGGACGAAUUCGGGGAGAAAAAAAAACAAAUUUAAUUUGAAGAAAGAAAGAAACGUAGGAAAGAUAAAGCGUAACCAAAAUCAAAAUUUUUUUUUAUAAAUUUCUUUUUAAGCUUAUUAAAAUUGCACUUUAUAUAUAUAUUUGUACAUAUAAUGAACGAGAAUUAAAUUAUAAUUUAAAAAAUUAUAAAUAAAAACAGAGUAAAGAAAAGCAAAGGAAACUUGUAUAACUGGCAAUUUAAAUUCAAAAUUUAUCAGUAUUUUUGUUUAAAUAGAAACGAAUUUGAUUUUAAGAUGAUGAUGACAAAAUGAAACUGUAGUUAGUUAAAAGUUAUUUAUAUUUUUUAAAUAAAAUUAAAAAUUGAAACGUAAACCAACAAAAAUGGGAAUGAUACACACAACCAAUCGAAUGGAAACAAACACGAAUUUCAAAAGGUGAAAAUGACUUUGGUUUUUUGUUACAAAUCUAAACACACAUUUGUGAGAAGGGAAUCUCAUUUUUAAUAAGCGAAACGCGCGUGUUCAAAAUGAUUUUCGAUUGUGGUAUCUUCAAUGUGUUGUACGAAUCGUCAGUGAUAGGAAGAAAAAAAAAACAUUUUUACGAAAAAGAAGAUUUUUUUUUUAUUCAUUUAAAUUUAGAUAAUUGUGUGUGGCUUUUUGUUUGUUCUUUUUUUUUUAAAUCAUUGUUUACGAAACGAAUAUGUUAAUGAGCAUUCCAAGAAAACAAUAAAAUUGCAGCAGUUUGUAGCUCUCGGACACCCUAUAAUAUCGAUAGUGAAAAAGUUUUACAGAAUGGAAUUCAAUAUCGUUUCUUGUUAGUUUUUUCUAGACUUUUGUGGAACAGAAGAUUUUUUCAUUUUUGUUAACAUUUCUGAAGAAAAUUGUCUUUUGUUAAGAUUAUCAGCAAGAAAAUUCUCGGUUUAUGCGUUUAAUAGACUCCUUCGCAGUGUCUACCAAUUGGACCAUGGUCCAUUGGAAGCUUUAAUACGAUCGAGAGUGCCUAAUUAUGUUGUUAAAGAAGUAUGCGCACUGGACAGAUGAAUGGUCCAGGGAGCUGAAUAUGCUAGAUGCGAUUGGAUUUAUCUUUUAAUAAUCGGUUUCAAUCCAAAAAUGCGUACAAAGGCGAAACACAUCUAAUUUUCGUGUGUCUGUUGAAACGGCCUGUAUGAAUAACAGGUACGAUUUUUUACUGUAAUAUGUUCACGACAUCAAAAUCAAUUUUGCACUUGCUGUGCCAUUUCACUAACAUCAUGUUAGUCACAUGACAUCCGAAACUAGGUCUUACAAUUUCGAUACGAACAGUUGAGUCUUCAUCAUCAGGUAAAACUGUUUAUGCAAAGUAUAACAUUGCUUCAGAGGGACGGCGUUAGAGGAUAACUUAGGUUCUGUGGAGUUCUUGCUUCUUGGGGUAGAGCAAACAUUUAGAAAAAUGGAAACUUUACAUUUAAAUGACCUCUUGUGUAUUCAAAUCCAAAUGAUUCGAGUAUGACCCUGCUUCUAUUCGAGCGUUACACGUGAGGACGUUAACGAGGCCAGUGCUUAGUAACACUUUCGGUUAUUUUGUUACGGAUAGGUGAUUAGCUGAUUAAAAAAGGAAAGAAAACUAAAAAUUAGACGAUUACAUUAUAAGUUUUUGGGUAACAGUUUUGGGUUCGGAAUUUUAUUAGCCUUAAAAAAAAUUAUACUUCAGAUCGGGCGUGGGUCCCGCUGCCCACUCAUCUCCAUUUUUUGGAUAUUGUUUGCACACAAUCUUAAGAAAUUACUGAUCUAAAGUAGAAAACGAGAGGACAAUGUGUUAUGUUGCUAUGAAAUUGUUAAUCCCUUCUCAUUUAAGAUUGUUUGUCUUUACACACUGCAUGCGCGUUUGUUGAUUGAAUCGAUCCAAAAUGUCUAUCCUCCCUCUCUUUUCCUAAUAUUGCUGUCCUUCUCUAUAAUUCUUCAUUUUCAUCAAGGAAUUUUUAUUUUGAAAUUCCUUUACAUUAAAAAUAGCAAAA